AUGUCCUUAGAUACAGAAUCAUUUGAAACUGCUGAAAAAGCAAUUGAGGUAGUCACAAAGGAAAUGGUAUCUUUGACAAAUUACUCAGCCAUUGGAUCAUUAACCAGUCAGUUAUCUCAGAAUGACACUAAGUCAGGUGGAAUUGAACAGAAAAAGUUACCGUUGAAACCAAUAUUAUUGUGUCUGGCUACUUCUUUUGCAGGGUUUAUCUUUGGCUGGGAUGUUGGCACAAUUGGUGGGAUUACAAACAUGGUAUCAUUUCAAAACUUUUUUGGUACCAACUUUGAUUCUUCGAGUAAUACACACUACUUUCCAAAACUUCUUAUUGGAUUAAUCGUUUCCAUUUUCAAUAUCAGUUGCGCACUUGGUGGAUUAUUUCUAGUGAAGAUUGCUGAUAUUAAUGGAAGAAAACCAGGUAUUUAUGCUGCAAUCACUAUCUAUUCGUUGGGAACAUUGAUUGGCUGGACAUGUGGCUCCUCUUGGUGGUAUUUCUUCUUCGCAAGGUUCAUUUCAGGACUUGGUGUUGGUGCUACUGCGGUGAUGAUACCAAUGUUUAUAGCCGAAUCUGCUCCCAUCAACAUUCGUGGUGCCAUGGUUGUGCUCUACCAGUUAAUGAUCACUCUUGGAAUUUUGCUCGGAAAUGUCAUCAACUAUUGUUGCAGAUCCACUUUACACGAAACAGAUAAUGCCACAUGGAAGAUCCCUGUAGGAUUAGGAAACGUCUGGGCCGCUAUCGUCGCGCUAGGUGUUCAUUUUAUGCCUGAAUCACCAGUUUUUCUUACCAAGAGGUUAGGAAGCGCUCUCAAAGCUAAGGCAGCUUUUGCCCAUAUGAACAAUUUGGACGUAGAUGAUCCAAUUGUGGAUAGUCAUAUUAGGAAGAUGAUGGAAUCAGCUGACGCGGAGGUAUCUACUCACAAUGAUAUGAAGAACAGCAGGUUUGAAUUCAUACUCGGUCAACCAAGAUUAGGUUUUAGACUAUUUAUUGGUAUUAUGGUGAUGGCGUUUCAACAGCUAUCCGGUGCAAAUUACUUCUUCUAUUAUGGUACAACACUUUUCAACUCUGUGGGAAUUGAAGACCCAUACUUAACGUCGAUUUUAUUGUCUUCUGUCAACUUCAUAUCUACCUUUUUCGGUAUUUAUUUAGUUGAAAAGUUAGGCAGAAAAGCAUGCUUAAUUCUUGGUUCCGCGGGUAUGUUUACCUGUAUGUCCGUGUAUGCGUCAGUCGGAUCGUUCGCACUUAAUAAGUCGCCUCAAAACUCUGGUGCGAUUAUGGUUACCUUCACGUGUGUUUACAUCAUGUUCUUUGCAUGCACAUCGGGACCUGUGUCCUUUGUCGUCAUUUCGGAGUUGUUUCCAAGCAGGACAAAAGCGAUAUCCAUGGCAGUGUGUACCUCAAUCAAUUGGCUUUGCAACUUCUUCAUUUCUUUAUGCACACCAUAUGUCACUGAUAAGAUAGGCUUCAAGUUUGGGUUCGUUUUUGCUGGUUGUCUAUUUGUCUCAUUCUGGUUCUUCACUUUCUUAUUGAAGGAAACUAAGAACAAAACUCCUGAACAGGUUGACGCAUUGUAUUCUAUUGACAAGCAAUAG